GCUGAAAUGACCUGAGGAAGUUAGCGAGUGUCUUCUCUCUUUCAGUAGGUUUAUAGUUUUUUUUCUGCUGUGUUUCUGCUCGAAACUCUGCAUUCAGUUUGAAUCGAAAUGGCUUCGCUAGCACCUGUAAAGGUUCAGGUGGGAAAUAAUUCACUUCGGAGCGUUUUAGUCCCGCUAAUGAAGCUGAAGGGCGGUAGCUAAAGUUAGCUUUGACAGAGCUCCCACAGACAGACGUGGUGAUCGCGGUCGAGGAGGUGCCAUGGAUAAAGUGAGGAAGAUCCUGGUGUAUGUGUGUAAGGACCGAGCGGCUCCACAGCGAGCUCAGUUCGUGCAGAGUAUAACGGGGCACUUCACUGACAGCGCCGAUGAUGAGGUGGAGGUGAGCUGCACGCUGGAGAAAAAUCAGUUCAUUCUUUACAAAGGAGACAGAGGUCAAAGGGUCCCUCUGAAGAGGCCUGCCUUCUGUCCCAUCAAACACCUGCCAGCCACAGAGGCAGCUGCAAUCCCACAGGAUGUUCAACAGCGUGGCGUGGAUGUGGGCGUGGCCAUCAUCCUACAGACAGCCAAUCAGAGAGUGCUGCUGACUAGGCGGGCGAAGGAGCUUCGGAUAUUUCCCAACGUCUGGGUUCCUCCAGGUGGCCAUGUGGAGCUAGAUGAGACGCUUCUGGAUGCAGGUCUCAGGGAGCUACACGAGGAAACUGGACUCAAACUGGAACCGGAGCAAGUUUCUCCAAAAAUCCUGGGACUGUGGGAGUCGGUGUUUCCUCCCAUGCUGUCCAGAGGUCUUCCUCAGAGACAUCACAUAGUCAUCUACAUGCUGCUGCACUCGUCCCUCACUCACCUGCAGCUACAGCCCUCUCUCAGGCCUUCGCCUGCUGAGGUCAGUGCCUGUCUGUGGGCUGACAGCCGGCUGGUCAGAGCCAUCGUGUCUGCUGUGGACGGCGAGGAUGCCGAGGUUCGGCUGGACGACCAGCCGGAUAGCAUCAGUGUGUCGCAGAUGUCUGCAGAUGGCGCUCUGACUGAGUCUUUGAUGCCACUGGCGGUCUUCAUCAGUCGGGCGCCAGCCAGCGGUCCCGAUGUGGAGCGGGUCAGCACCGGGACCAAGUUUGCCCUGGAGCUGUGGCUCAGGACCUUGGAUGAGCCUGACCUCUGACCUUGAGCCGCCAUCUAAAACCCCACCCUGCAGGCAUCAGGAAGGACACGCCAGGAUGAGAGAAAUGAUUUUGCUGUGAAUCCCACUGCUGUUCUACACAGAAACAUUUAAAAUAGAAAUGACUUUCUA